UUAGGUAAAGUAUUUAUUUUAAGGGCAAUCUCUGUAGAGAGGUACAAACAGAGAGGUUCACGACCCUCGUAAGACAUCACUGUCAAAUAGAAGGAUGUAUUACAGAAAGAAAUAGUUAAAUGGUACCGGGAAAGAUAGACAUCUGAGGGUACUUAGCAGCAGAAGAAGUGUUGUUUUCCGUUAGGUUGCUCCAAUCGGGGGAGGGGUGGUAGGGUUGGGAAAUAAAAAAUAAAAUAAAAAGUGGGAGAUUAGAAAUUAUGCAAACAAUUAGUUUGAUAGAUUUUGCGUACUGUCUGCAAUAUUGAAGCUGAUGAUCUAUGCAAGAUGCACCUGUGGAUAUUCCAGAGGGGUGCAGGUUUAGUAGCCCUUUAUUCCAGAAAGUUAUUUUCGUUUAAUUAAAUUACUUUCAUAAUUUUUGGUCACAGGAAAUUUACAUUUCGAGUAUAACGCUCAAUGAAAGGGGGGGGGGGGGGGGGGACUUGUAGCAUUCAAAAAUAGCCCACAGUGUAACCAAAAGUCUUUGCAUUUUGAACAAAGACAAAAAUUGGCAAAUAAAUGUUGCUGAUUGCAGAUGAGCAGCUCUCACAGCGCAGGUGUCGUCCGUUUUAUGACAAACCAGUAUUUCAUAGUCCGUUACAUAAGGAAUGCUUGAUUUGUCAUGAAAAUAAACGAUAAAGGGCAGUGGAGAUUAUUCUUGUCCAAAAUCAAUCUUCCCCGUUGAGUGAUGACAAGAAGCGUAUGCCGCUUGAGCCGUGGGGGUGGGGGGCUGCUGCCAUUGACGAUUCAGCCUUGCCUAAAAUGGGAGCGCGACGAAGCGAUGACAAUCGAACGGUAUCAAAGUGGGAACCCGGGCUCUGGUGCUGAGGAGAACGGAGCAUCAUCACCGACCAAAACACUGCAGCCUUCAGCAUCUCAACCGAACCCGCCCCCAAACAAAGGAAAGAUGGUCAUUUCAAGGUAAAACAUUUAUUCUCACUGAUACAUUUGUUGCUGUUUUGGCAACAGUGAAGAGUAGAUUGUACAAAAUUCAUUGAUUGGGAGCAUCAGUGAGCAAGGAUGAACUGGCAUUUUGGAAGGGUUGUUUGAAUCCCUUUCCUUCGCAGUUUCAAGUCGCCUAUGUAAAAUACUGUAUAUGUUUAUUUGCAAUGCAAGUCGGGUAUCAAAGAAUAAUUCUGUCGUCAAUUUUGUCAGAAUGUAUUUGGCGAUUGGGGUUCAAAUUUGCACAGGUUUCUGUUGAUAGAUAAUGAAAUGUACAGACACUCGUACUCUCUUUACUGGUCUAAUGCAGCUGUUACAGACACAUUGCCAUGGGUAUACCAUGUAUGCAAUGGUUUUGCAGCUACAGUGGGGUCUGAAAUUAUUGAAACACUUGAUAAAGAUGAGCAAUUAGGAAUGUAAAAAAUAAAUGAUUCAAAUACUUAGCUAUAUUGUCUGCUCCAAAAAAUUGGGAAAUUAUAUUAUUUGAUACUGUUGUUUAAUAAGUCGUAGUAAAAAAAAAUGUAAAUGAAUGAAUUCAUAGUGAAAUUAAAUCAGCCUCAACAAUGUAGUCCUCUAGAAUUAGAGAGUACAUGCUGUUUGAAAGCAGACAAACCUCCGUUCGAGCUUGUGCUUUUGUCUUCUCUCAUCCUCUCCUUCAAGAAGAACACAGACUGACAGAAAAGGGGACCUGUGAGACAUCGGGUGGAAACGGUGAAGGCUGUGAGAGCUACAGUCACGCAUGUUGUCUCCCCCACCCUGCCAACUUCAGCAUGUCCACCUCUGAGGCGCCUGGUGUGAGCAGUAACUCCAGCACCGUGCCCUGGGACCCUGGUUCUCCUGGCCCCACAGACUGGCCAUCGGUGGCCAACAGCGUGGUGAAGAUGGUGCUGAUCUCAGCCAUCGUGUGUGUGUCUCUGUUUGGUAACGUGGUGGUGUUGUUAGUGUUCCAGAGGAAGCCUCAGCUCCUCCAUGUGGCCAACCGCUUCGUGCUCAACCUCCUCCUGGCAGACCUGCUCCAGACUGUGCUGGUCAUGCCCUUCGCCAUCGCUGCCACCGUGCCUGGUGUGUGGCCCCUGGAUGCCCGCUUCUGCCAGGCCCUGAUAGUGCUCAUGCACCUGUUUGCCUUCGCCGGGGUGAACACCAUCAUCGUGGUGUCGGUGGACCGUUAUCUGGCCAUCAUCCACCCGCUGUCCUACCCCACCCGCAUGACCCCUCAUCUGGGCACCAACCUCAUUGCCUGCACCUGGGUGUUGAGUCUGCUCCAGAGCACGCCACCCCUCUACGGCUGGGGGGCCAUAGACUUUGACCGCAAGCAUAACAUGUGUUCUGUGGUGUGGUCCUCCAGCCUGUCCUACUCAGUACUGGUUGCCACCUGCUCCUUCUGGCUGCCGGUGAUCAUUAUGCUGGGCUGUUACUGGAUGGUGUUCAGGGCAGCUAGGAGGCAGAACGCCCUUGUGCACCCUAUCCAGACCCAGUCUAAGUCCCAGCCCAACCUGCCUCCAAAACCCCAGGCCCCCUGCCCCGGCAGCCCCCAGCGCCCACCCCAACAGGCACCCCCACCCCUGGACUCCUUCUCAGCUGGAGGGUACCCCAUCCGGGGCAGGCACAGACGUUUCCACUACCACUGCAAGGCAGCCCGGGUGGUGUUCGUCAUCAUGGCCUCGUACAUCCUGAGCAUGGGACCUUACAGUGUUCUCAACACGGUCUCCAUUCGCUCCAGUGCUGCUGUGCCUCCAUGGCUGGCCUCCCUAGCCCUGGUGCUCUUCUUCUUGCAGUGCUGCCUCCACCCCUACAUCUACGGCUACAUGCACCGCAGCGUGAGGAAGGAGUUCCUGGCCCUGCUGUGUGGUCCGCUCUGCAGGCAGGGUCGUCCCUGCCACAACUCCGCCCAGGACAGCUGCUUCACCGUGACCGACGGGCGCUCCACGCACCCCAACCUGCCCACACGUGUCUGCCCCCUCCGCACCUGGGAGGAGGGCACCACCACAGAGGCAACCUCCUCCUCCCCCACCAUGGAUAGGAGGUCCAGGGACACCCGCAAAGAGACCACCAGCCUGAGCUCUGAGAGAGAGCUGACUGUCCACACCACUACCAAGUAGAACAGUCUACAGAGAAACAGCCUGGGAGAUGGGGUUGACUUGUCUUUCAUGUGGCUGUUUUCACCUCCAAUGAAGACAUCAUGGUUAUUCAGCAUGGUUCAACUUGAGCAGAUCUGCCUUCUAGUCUACAGGGUUAUACAUUCUGACAUUGUCUGUUUAUUGUGAUUCGGGGUUGUUGCAUUUUUGAUGACCUAGUAAUGCUUAUUUCUAGAGGGAAUCUCUGUCAAAGUGCCACAAAAUAGAUCACCUAUCAUAUCAACUUGAAAUAACAUGCCACAAAUGUAUUUGAUUUGAGUGUUGCAAAUGCUGCUACAGCUUUUGCUUAUCUUAUGUGGAGAGCAUGAUUAGUGUAUUAACCAUUACCACUCACCCUGCCCAUGGUGUAUAACACCUGAUGUCAAGGAAGAGAUGGUUGAGUGGGCUCAACAUGACCACUGAUUCAUUAGUCUAGAUCACUACUUCAGCUCCAGAAUCAUGCUGCCUUUCCCAAACAGCAUCUCAUCUAGCCAAUAUCCCCCAUUUAUCUGUGCCCUGUGAUUCAGCCAGUCUAUGCAGCCUGCCAGUGCAGCCAAUUAAUUCAGGGUGUUAUGGGGACGGUGGAGUGUCCAUGCCUGUCCGUAAAGCCUAUUGAGCAGGCUGAACAGUCUGGCUCCCUCUCAAAGCAGUGCAGUGUGCAGUGUCUCAUUGACUGUUCCCCUCCACUACCAAGUGGAUGUGGCUCUAUCAAGCCUUCUGAAGGCUACACUGUUCAUGUUUGCCUUAGCCAGUUUGGCCCUCUCAUCUCGGAGUUUCCAAGGAGGCUGAGAGCUCUCACAAACUUCCGUUACCUGAACGUGGAAAUGCUUCUUGGUAGGGCUCCACUGACCACAUCCACUCACUUAGCCGCUUCUGUAAAGCGUAGAUAUAUACCAUAUAAGUAUUGGUGUUACUUUAUCAGAGCAUAGGGCAUGGAGGUCAGACUAUUAGUCGGUUUGAAACAGGUUACAGAGUACUGUAAACACAGUACUAUAGCUAGAUUCAUGUUGAGACCUCUGAAAAUACUGAUGGUCUCAAACGUUCAAUAUAGUAAAUGUACAUACAGUGCAUUGGGAAAGUAUUGAGACCCCUUGAGUUUCCACAUUUUGUUUCCUUACAGCCUUAUUCUGAAAUGGAUUAAAUU